CAAUACACAACAUGAUUCUUUGGAAAUCGGCUGCCAGGCGAUGAAACGAUGUACUGCGCUCCGCCCGAGCAGCCUUGGGGCUUUGAAUCCGCAUCUGGGCCAAAGAUGGCACUCCUACGAUAAGGCGUCUUUGACACGAGAGGCCCUUGCACAGAAGGUCGAAGCUGGGCUUGGACACGAUGCGGACGGCAAAUCACUAAAAAUCAAUCCUGAGGCGAAGACGGUCUCUACUGCCGCAGGAGAUCUUCCCAUCUCACCCAUAUUUGAUCCAGCAUGGAUGCAAGCCAGGCGAAAGACUACAAAGUCUGCUCCUGGUCCACCACUAGGCAGAUUUCGACGAAAGCUCGCAAACAAUCCCUUUGCACAGGCUCUUGCUACGCCGAUCCGCAGAUGUCCAAACAGCGCCACCAGCCUGCCGCGGUAUUUCUUACAGGACUUUGAGAUGAUAAGACACCUGGAAACAGGUGCUGCAUGGUGGGCUCCCGGCCCGCUGGCCUUUGAACAUGUUCUGCCUACGAAGCGACCAGACGAGUCACAAGCCGACAGGAAUGGCGGACGCGACAGAGCUGCUGCGGCUGCGGCUGGACUCGUGUCAGCACCUGCACCAGCCUCGAACGAUACCAUAACGGGCCCGGCCCGGCCACGGAGGUCGCCAAUAACAAGUUACACGCUGAGUCGCAAGUCGCUGGUUGAUAUGAUUGGCGGACCAAACAAAAAAUAUCUCGCCCUUUUGUCAGCGAUCCGAACCGGCAUGGCCGUAGCUCCGGAUAAUAGAGAUGCGGUAUGGAGAGAAGAUAUGGGGAGUCUGCUGCUGGGGAUGAUGCGCAAAUACGUAGUAGAUGCGCUGAUUGUUCGCGGCAAUCGACCACACGGGCCCAAGGACAGAUUCAUCCAACCUUGUAUCAGUUGGAAGGAUGUCGAAGGAGUCAGAAUGCGGGGUUGCGUUAUUUGGCUGCCAGAGAAAAGUGAUGGUCCGAAACAAUACGCUACACUAGACGUGGAAGGGGCCCGAUAUGGAAGGAAGAUGGUGGUACACAACCUACGAUACCUCCUCGGCGACGAAGAGCUGCAGCGGCUAAGAGACUCGGCUGAGGUGUUUCGAGAGGGAGAGAUAUUCGUGCUUAAGCAGUGGGCGAGCACGAGCAUGAUGAAACUGCAUCUCUUACUGUGGAAGCUGCAAGGAUAUCUGGCGGCGGAAUCAGAUACAGGCAGCAGACUUCCACUCACAAUGCGGUCUCCAAGCCUCCAGCUCAUCCAGCCUGAGAACUGGGCUCAGCCAAAUAUGCCCACCUACAACACUCCCAUCUUCCUGAUCCACGACGGCAGCGGCACCACCUUGGCCUACCAAUUCCUGGAGAUCCUGGGCCGCUACACCUAUGGCAUCCGCAACCCCUACUACUACUCCGGCCAGGUCUUCGAGGGCGGCAUCUCCGAGAUGGCCUUUUUAUACGCGUCAUGGAUCCGAAAGACGGUGCAGGACAAGGAUUUCCCUGCCAAGAAGAGGAAUAUGGACGGCAGCACAAGCAUCUUCCUGGGCGGCUGGAGCUUGGGCGGCCUGCUCAGCAUGGAGAUUGCGCGACAGCUGGCGAUGGACGACGUCGUGAGGGUCUCGGGCAUCCUCAUGAUCGACAGCGUCUUUCCUGGCGGGUCAGGAGAUGGCUCAUCGGAGGAUGAGUCGUCAACCGACGAAGAGGAGGCCAUCAUGAACAAGAUUCGCUCCAAGAACUGCAUGGCAGAGGCUGUGCGUAUGGUCCGGCAGUGGCGUCUUCCCCAGUGGUCAGGCAGACUCUACGACCGCCGACCAAAAGUGGUUCUACUGCGCGCGAAAAACUACGUGCCGGCAAAGGAAGGCCGCACUGUCGGCUUGGAUCUAAACAGAGAUGAUCCUCUGCUCGGCUGGGGCGAUUACGACGAGGAGAUGUUUAGCCAUGUCUAUGAUGUUGACGGACACCACUUUAAUCUGUUUGAGUAUGAGAAGAUAUCCAACAUGACGAGGACGAUCAAGAAGGGCUUGGAUAGGCUGGAGGAGGCCUCCCAGAUGAUGAUGUUUGGCGAGGGCUGGUAGUGGAGUUGCGCUUUUUUUUUUUCUUCGCAUUGGCUAGGGCGUUGGAAGUCUUUUCUCUUUUUGUUCUUUUUUUUUUUUGGCAAGCUUGGGAAAUUACGGGAUUUGUUUUAUCACUGCAUGGCUGGGAGCGAGCUGCAUUGGUUUGGGUCUAUUGUUCUAUUCUAGUUUCACACUGCCCACUGGCAGAGGUUGCGUCUACUGAGGACUUGGGAAUUGUUAUAGCGUUCUUUUAUACGAUACCAAUAACACACAAACAUCGCACAAUUUAUUUUAUACCCUCAGUUUUGAUGUCCGACGCGUGAAAAUCUAACAGCAUCUUUUCAACAAGGGGCAUGUCAUGAGAGUGUCGCCAUUACUCUACACCCCCCCUGCGCAUAUGAUACCCAAGGCAGCCAACAAUACGGAAACUUUUUAUCAAGACAAAGCCCCAGACUCAAAUUUAGGCAACCAUCUCG